AUGGCGACUUCAGAAGAGAAUGUCUGCCUACACUGGGCCGCUCUAUCAGGCUGCGAUGACAUUGCCCAGGCUCUGCUAGAGGCUCGAUGCGACCUAAAUGCUGUGAAUGUUCAUGGUGAUACACCACUUCAUGUCGCUGCCAGAGAGAACCACCUGGAGUGCAUAUUGUUGUUUCUGUCUCGUGGAGCUGAUGUCAGUCAAAGGAACAGGGAUGGAGAAACAGCUCUGGACUGCUGUGCUUCCGGUUCCAAAGUGUGGACAGCCCUUAAUACCAACAAGAAGCUGACUGAUGCCAGGAGAGGAAGGGAAGGCCGUGGAGAGAGAGUGCUCAGCAGGGACAUUUCUCGGGGGUAUGAGGCAGUGCCUAUCACCUGUGUUAAUGCUGUGGACAGUGAGCCAUUGCCUGAAAACUUUAAAUAUAUACCAGACAGCUGUGUCACCUCCCCGCUGAACAUAGACAAAGAUAUCACUCACUUACAGCACUGCACCUGCACAGAUGACUGCUCAUCUAGCACCUGCAUAUGUGGCCAGCUCAGCUUGCGUUGUUGGUAUGACAGUGAGGGUCGACUACCAAUGGACUUCUGCCAGCGGGAGCCCCCGGUGCUGUUUGAAUGUAACCAUGCAUGUUCCUGCUGGAGGACCUGCAGGAACCGUGUGGUCCAGAAUGGACUAUGGGUCCGGCUACAGCUGUUCAGAACACAGAAUAUGGGCUGGGGAGUGAGAGCCAUGCAGGAUAUCCCUCAAGGAACAUUCAUUUGCGAGUAUGUUGGCGAGAUCAUCACAGAUGGAGAGGCUGACAAAAGAGAGAAUGAUUCCUUCCUGUUUACUCUCGACAAUAAGGUUGGGGAUGCCCAUUGUAUUGAUGCAAGACUCUUUGGCAACAUUGGUCGCUUCAUCAACCACCUGUGUGAGCCCAACCUACUGGCUGUGAGGGUGUUCACCAUGCACCAGGACUUACGCUUCCCCCGGAUAGCCUUCUUCUCCAGUCGGUCCAUCAAAGCUGGAGACCAGAUAGGGUUCGAUUAUGGUGAUCACUAUUGGAGGGUGAAAAGCAAGUACUUCAGCUGUCAGUGUGGAUCUAAUAAGUGUCGUCACUCAGUUGCUAGUAAAUAGAAAUUCACUGAUUCCUCUUUGUUACUGUGGCCUCUUUAAUGUAAGAAACACUGCCCCCUGAACCAGACACCAUGUAAGAGUAAUGUCAUGACUACACGCAGUUAUGUUGUCUGAUAUUUACCUGAAAUGAAAGAGAGACAUGUUUUAAUCACCAAAGCACAAGAUCUAACUUAUUAUAAUGAAGUUACUUUUCUGCCAGAAAAAAUAGUGCUAAUGAAGACUGAGAGACACAGAUGAUUUUUACAUUCAUGGAUUCUUCCUUUCAUAUUUCUACAUGUGGAAUAAUGAAGUUAACUGAUUUGUGGUAGUCUGAGUUCUUUUGUGAACUUUUAAGUUUUUAACCUCAUGUUUGCUUUGUAGUCAUUAAACAUAUUUUAUAUCA